AUGGCAUUCUCGCUGUCAAGACUGCUCGUUCAGGCUUCGCUGCUUGCCUCAGUCGCCUACUCUGCAACUGUCACAUACGAUUUCGAUGUAGGGUGGACGUACGCAAAUCCGGAUGGUAUGCAAAACCGCCCGGUCAUGGGCAUCAACGGACAAUGGCCCAUACCGCCUAUCGUUGCGACGAAAGGAGACCAGGUCAUCGUUAACGUCAAGAACUCUCUUGGAAAUGAGAGCACAUCACUCCAUUUCCAUGGGUUGUACAUGAAUGGGACGACUCACAUGGAUGGACCCAUUGCUGUCUCGCAGUGUGCAAUCCUUCCGGGCAGUUCGUUCACGUACAACUUCACAGUCGAUCAACCAGGCACAUAUUGGUAUCAUAGCCAUCAGCGUGCUCAGUAUCCUGAUGGACUAAGAGGCCCCUUGAUCGUUCAUGACCCUGAAGAUCCUUACAAGGACAAAUACGAUGAAGAGAUAGUCCUCACCUUCUCCGACUGGUACCAUGACCUCAUGCUCCCCCUCCUAGCAGGCUUUCUCAACAUUGCCAACCCAUCUGGCGCGGAGCCUGUUCCUCAAGCUGCGUUGGUCAACGACACUCAGAACUUGACUGUUAACAUUGAGCCUGGAAAGACGUACUUGUUCAGGAUGGUUAACAUGGGCGCGUUUGCUGCGCAGUAUGUGUGGUUCGAAGAUCAUACCAUGCAAGUUGUAGAGGUGGAUGGAAUCUAUACUGAGCCGAUGGAUGCGGACAUGCUCUACAUGACAGCCGCACAGAGAUACAGCGUCUUGAUCACGGCGAAGAACGAUACAAGCUCCAACUUUGCUUUUGUGGCGAGUAUGGAUGAGGACCUUUUCGACGUCGUACCCGAUGGUCUGAAUGCAAACGCAACUGGCUGGCUUGUGUACGACGACGCAAAGGACAAACCUGCUCCAAAGGAGAUCGAUGCCUUUGAGCCGUUCGAUGAUUUCCUCCUGGUGCCGUACGACAAGGAAGAGGUUCUCGAUAAAGUCGACCACUCAAUUACUCUAGAUCUUAAGAUGGACAAUUUGAAUGAUGGAUUGAACUACGCCUUCUUCAACGACGUCACAUACGUUCCUCCCAAGGUUCCAACGCUAUACACUGUUCUCUCCACUGGACAGAAUGCCACAGACGUAGCCAUCUACGGCGACAACACAAACGCCUUCAUCCUGAAAGAGAACGAAGUCGUCGAAAUCAUCGUGAACAACGACGACCCAGGAAAACACCCCUUCCAUCUCCACGGCCACGCCUUCCAAGUAGUAGUCCGCAGCGACGACGAUACCGGCUUCUACGACCCCAACAACGUCACCUCCCUCCCCACAACCCCCAUGCGCCGCGACACCAUCCUCGUCCGCCCCAACGGCCACACCGUCCUGCGCUUCCGCUCCGACAACCCCGGCGUCUGGCUCUUCCACUGCCACAUCGAGUGGCACGUCGCCUCAGGCCUGAUAGCCACUAUCAUCGAGUCCCCACUCUCCAUCCAAUCGCAGCUUUCAGGCAAAAUCCCCGACGAUCAUUGGAACGUCUGCAAAGAAGGGAACGUACCAACGCAGGGCAAUGCUGCCGGGAAUACGGUGGAUCUGCUGGAUUUGACCGGCGAGAAUAGGAGUCCGGGGGAGAUCCCCGACGGCUUUACCGCGAGGGGGAUUGUCGCGUUGGUGUUUAGCUGCGUGGCGGCGUUUGCGGGUAUGGGCGUUAUCUCGUGGUAUGGCUUGAAGCCUGUCAAGUCUAAGACUGGCUGA